AUGACGCGGGUAAUCAGGUCGUUCAUUAAUGGAAAAUAUUUAGCGCCCAAUGUGUCAGCACCAACAUUUAUGCUGCUCAAUGCAGCAACAUGUAAACCAGAAACAUCGUUUACAGCUGCAGACAAGGCGCAAGUCGACGAGGCCGUGGGCGCUGCGCAGUCUGCACAGAAGCACUGGCGUCGUUUGGGUCCCGCCGAGCGCGGCACUAUCUUACGCAGAGCAGCAGACAUUUUAACGACCAAGGCAAACGAGAUUGCAACACUAGAGACCAUUGACACAGGUCGUCCCAUCGCUGAGACGAGUGUAACGGACGUGGUGAGUGCUGCGGACUGUUUAAACUAUUACGGAGGUGUGAGUCCGUCUGUAGGUGGUCAGCAUUUGGAGCUUUCGAAAGGCAGCUGGGCAUAUACAAAGCGUGAGCCACUGGGGGUUACCGCCGGUAUUGGGGCUUGGAACUAUCCAUUACAAAGCGCAGCUUGGAAGUCCGCGCCUGCUCUGGCAUUUGGGAAUUCAAUGGUAUUUAAACCGUCUGAAGAGACACCACUUACAGCCUUGAAGCUGGCUGAAUCGUACUUGGAGGCUGGUGUCCCGGAAGGAGUAUUUAAUGUUGUUUUAGGGGCAAGCGAAACGGGGCAAGCGUUAGUUGAGCACAAAAAUAUUGCUAAAGUAUCAUUUACUGGUUCCGUGGUGACUGGACGCAAUGUGUAUGCAAGUGCGGCCAAAGGUCUAAAGAAAGUGACAAUGGAGCUUGGAGGUAAGUCUCCACUCAUUGUAUUUGACGAUGCUGAUGUUGAGCAGGCAGUAUCAGGAGCCAUGAUGGGCAACUGGUAUUCGUCUGGUCAAGUUUGCUCCAAUGGCACUCGGGUCUUUGUUCAACGCAAGAUCUUCAACAAGUUCGUGCAGCGUAUACAUGAGCGCACGCUAAAGUUGCGGGUCGGUGAUCCGUUGGAUCCGAGCACGGAUAUUGGUCCGAUGAUCCACAAGAAGCAUAUGAAGUUAGUGCAGAGUUAUAUUGACAAGGGGGUAGCGGAAGGAGCCACGUUGCUUAAAGACUGUAAUGAUGACAUGACAAUUGUACGUGAGGAAAUUUUUGGCAUGGUCAUGUGCAUAUUGCCAUUUGAUACUGAGGAAGAGGUUUCAACUCGUGCCAAUGACACGAUGUUCGGUCUCUCGGCUGGUGUAUUUACAAAAGACAUCACGCGUGCUCACCGCGUUGUUGGUGAGCUACAGGCCGGCACGACGUGGAUCAACAAUUAUAACCUCUCGCCGGUUGAGACACCGUGGGGUGGCUACAAGCAGUCUGGUGUCGGUCGUGAGAAUGGUCUCGCUGGAAUUGAAUCUUGGACGCAAUUGAAGUCGGUUUAUGUUGAGAUGAACGACGUAUGGUGCCCCUAUCCUGAGUAA